AUGCAGCAAUGUGACUACUUAGUCUGGACAACAUAUAAAGGACAGGUGAAUGCCUGGAGGAUGGACCCAUUCAACAUUGCACCCAUUGCUUCUACUUCUCUUCCUGUUGCUUUUGAAUACGUCUACUACAUCCCAACUUCAGAUACCUUGUCCGAUUACCUGGGCAGGAUCUCAUUGUCUUGCAAAUUUACCGAGCAUGUUGUCGAAGGCACUCGUAUCAUCCCGUCGAUGACCAAAGAUCACCAGAUCCCUGUCCGUGUCGAUGCUGCGAAAUAUGACGCCAUGACGAAGUUGCUCAAUGUUGUCUUGCAAGUCAACUCGAAACCCCAAAGCCCCGGGCUCCAAGAGUGGAUUAAGAAACACUCCACUCACGCAAAACUGGCCACAGCCAAAUUCGAUACGGCUGCUGAAGACAAAAAUGCCGAAUACCAUCGUGUACUGGACGAAUUGAUCGCACAGGGGAAGGAGAACCUUAAGAACGGGGAGAAAGCUGACUAG